UAACUCUUGCGCGCGGGUUAGAACCCUGCGUGGAACCGAGCGGAGAGCUUGUACGCUGAAGCGCGCCUCCGAUGCGCCCGUGUGGCCUUCGCUGCUACAGCCCGAUAGCGCCCCACUGAUUGACAACCGGUGACGUUCGCAGAUCUCUUAUCUGCCUGAAAGAAACAAGCAAAAGAAAAAAAUUUCUAACUGAAAGUCAGUAACAUAUUUUUAGAUCCUCGACAUUUACGAUCCUGUCGUUAGAGGUUGAAGCGAGUACCAGAGAAGUGAGAGUCAUGGUGAGAUCGAUGAAGAUACCCGACGACUUUGACUUUUCAACUUCUGGGACGAGUGACGCGAGUGCCGAGGUGACAAGUGAAAGCACGGCUGCUGCAUCAACGCCGACACAGCUGUUGUGGGACGUGGCCACCACGAUAGUUCACUACCAACUGACCGAAGAAGAAUGCGUCCGGCUAGAGAAGGAUGAAAACGAUGAAGGAUCAUUGAGUUCGGUGCAGUGUUCUGCCGCCUGGGACUCUUUCACCUGCUGGCCACCGACGCUGGCUGGAAAGGCUGUGCGCAAGCCAUGCACGGACAUCAUCGCCUCUCUCGACCUCUCCUUAGACAUCGGAGACGCUUCGCUCGACACAGGUCUGUACGCCUACAGAGUGUGUGGUCCUGACGGCAACUGGCUAUGGGGAAACUGGACAAACUACACCGAAUGCCUCGGCCUCAUCAAUCAUGAGCCGCAAGAGAUGUCGGCAGUGGUCUCCCUGGCGGUCAGCUACAUUCUCCUGCUGUUCUCGCUUCUGUCCCUGAUAUUCUUGUCCGCCACCAUGUUCAUAUUCUGCUACUUCAGGUCGCUGCAGUGCUCUCGGACGCGGGUGCACCAAAAUCUGGUGCUUGCGCUCAUGGUGCACGCCAUCAUGCUCGUGGUGCUCUCCAUGCCGGUGGUGCUCAACUCUGAAGAACCGACGCCGUUUGCCCAAAUACCUCCAUUGUGCAAGAGUAUCCUCUCCCUGAAGAUGUACGCCGCCAUGGCAUCAAUCAACUGGAUGUUCGUCGAAGGCCUGCUGCUGCACUCCCGUAUCACCAUCUGCAUCUUCCGCCAAGACGCGCCCUUCAAGCUGUACCACGCCAUCGGUUGGGGUCUUCCUUUGGGCUUCAUAGUAACUUGGGCCUGCCUCAUGGAACAAGAACUCGGUUCGGCAUGCUGGGAAGGCUAUGGUGCCAACCGUUAUGUCUGGCUUCUCAUUGGACCCCGUCUUGUGGCCAUUCUGGUGAACUUUGUUUUCCUCGUGAACAUCAUCCGCAUUUUGGUGACGCGGGUGAAGUCGGCAGUCUCAGCGGAAACAACUCAGUUUCGGAAGGCAAUCAAGGCGACGGUGCUGCUCUUCCCUCUGCUGGGAAUCACGCAUCUCCUGUUCUGCAUCAACCCGCAAGACGAGAACAUGGGCCUCAAGGAGGCGUACAUGGUCAUUAACGCCAUACUCCAGUCCUCACAGGGUAUUUUCGUGUCUGUGCUCUACUGCUUCAUGAAUUCAGAGGUGCAGACUGCCGUUCGCAACGCCUACCUCAGGGCGGCUAUCCGCCGCAACCCGAACAAGGAGCGCUCUUUCCUUCGCGGCGGCUACUCGCAGACAUCCACCGUAUUCAUGUCGCACUUCAACGGCUCUGUGGCCGAGCAGAGUGCCUCACCCAAGGGGGGCUCCAAAGUCGUUCGCAAGUACCCACUGCGGGCCACGGCGGGACCACAGAGGAUAUCGAGGAAUCCGGGCGCGGUGGCUGCCGUCUGAGCAGCUCCCGCGCGUUCUCAUUAUCGUCUCAAGAAGCCCUCCUCCUCAUGUCCCACUGAUCUUGCCGGGUACUUCCUCCACGCAUUGGGCCUUGGUCGAGUGGCUGCUCAGUUUUGGCUUCCGGAAGCCACGCCAGUGAUUUACGAUACAAAACGAAAAAAAUAAUAAAAAGAAGAAAACCUGAGCCUAGCUGAUUUUGACUCUUCUACGGUGCAGCUAAACGUCUGGGUGUGUUGAACUGGUGCUUGGAAAUGGACAAACAGCUUAAUGGGACGACCACCUCUUUGGGAUGGACUGAAAAGCGUGAAAAACGUGACAGAAGAAGGCAGCCAUUAUACCUCAGUUUUCUCGCAUAUAAAUGUCGUGUGUUUCACUUCGUGUUUUUCAUUCUCCUUUGUGAAAACUUGUUGUGCCAACCUCCAGGUAUCGACGUUUGCUGUACAACCGUCAUUUGGAUUGUCAUCGCGACUCCAGUUUUUACGCGGCUUUCCUUGCGAAGUAACGAGAAAUAAAAUAAAGUCACUAUGAAAGA